UCUGAGCUCUUCACGAUCUCCAGUAUUCCCAAAUCCAUUUUCACCACCACCACCACCCCCCGCUACCGCCCAUGGAUCCAGCCCCCAUCGACAAAUCCGCCACCAUUUUCGUCGCCGGCCACCGCGGCCUGGUGGGAUCCGCGGUUGUCCGGAAGCUCAAAUCGCUUGGUUACACCAACCUCCUCCUCCGCACCCACGCCGAGCUUGACCUCACAUCUCAAUCCUCCGUCGAUGCCUUUUUCGCCGCCCACAAACCACAAUACGUCAUCCUUGCCGCGGCUAAGGUUGGCGGCAUCCACGCCAACAACACUUACCCUGCCGACUUCAUCACAAUCAACCUCCAAAUCCAGACCAACGUCAUCUCCUCCGCCUUCAAACACAACACCAGAAAACUCCUCUUCCUCGGAUCCUCCUGCAUUUACCCCAAAUUCGCCCCCCAACCCAUACCCGAAUCCGCCCUGUUGACCGGACCGUUGGAGCCCACCAACGAAUGGUACGCCAUUGCCAAGAUCUCGGGGAUCAAGAUGUGCCAGGCAUUCCGCAUUCAGCAUUCGUUCGAUGCCGUCUCCGCCAUGCCCACGAACUUAUACGGGCCUAAUGACAACUUCCACCCCGAAAACUCCCACGUUUUGCCCGCUUUGCUGCGCAGAUUUCACGAAGCGAAAGUGAAUAAUGUGGAGAAAGUGGUAGUUUGGGGGAGUGGGAUGCCAUUGCGUGAGUUCUUGCACGUCGAUGAUUUGGCGGAUGCGGUGGUGUUUUUGUUGGAGAAUUACAGUGACAUGGAGCAUGUUAAUGUUGGGAGUGGCAAGGAGGUAACCAUUAAGGAGCUUGCAGUAUUGGUUAAGGAGGUGGUGGGAUAUAAAGGGGAGAUUGUUUGGGAUUCGAGUAAGCCUGAUGGUACGCCAAGAAAGCUUAUGGAUAGCUCGAAACUUGCUGGUUUGGGUUGGGAGCCCAAGAUUUCUCUCAAGGAUGGACUUACAGAUACUUACAAGUGGUAUUUGGAGAACGUUGUUGCCCAGCAAUAGUGACACAGAAACAUCUUAUACUUAGGUAUUGUUUCUUAUUAAAGAAAGACUCCAUGAAGGGAUACUUCCACAUGAAUCACAUCGCAACAGGGGAAGGAGCUUAUUCAUGGCGACAUUUGAUUGUGCGUUUGAAUUAUGGUCAUUGUACUACAUAACUUUAUUUAAUGGUUCCCAUAAAGUAUUUAUCCAUCUUUUAUGGAACCAUCAUUCUGUUUUACGAUCUAUUUGUACCCAUAAAUAGUCCCAUCUAUUUGUUUAGAUUUGAAUCUGGUGGUACGGAAAGAAAUACACGGAUGUUUAUAUUCUAUUUC